AUGGAGGAUACGCCCUUCGCGCUAUGCUGCCAUUGGAACCGGGCGCCCUCGGUGGGAGAGUUAACCUUCGGCCCCCGGCUUCGGGACACUCAGCCGAUGGUGGCGUCCACCCCGCAACCCCCGAGCGGCGGCAUGGUGGGCAAGAAGGAGCUCCUGCAGUGGGCCUCGCAGGCGAGCGGCCGGAUCGUGACGAAAUUCGACGAGCUCAAAGAUGGCGACGUGCUGCUUCGCUGCAUGAAGGAGACCUGGCCCGCGGCGUACGACCGCUGCCGCCGCAAGGGCCAGCCGCGGUCCGUGAGCGGCAACUUCGAGCUCAUGGGUAACAUGUUCGAGCACCUCGAACUUCCCAAGAGCGUGCUCGAUACGCGCGGAAUCCAGCACGCGUCGUUCAAGAGCUGCUACAACUUUCUGGUCAUGGCCUUCUUCCUGAAGAACCUCGCGACGCACAGCGACUUCAGCGUGGAUUUCACCCAUCCCGUGGACUCGAAGCUCGCGGCGUUUCUGCAGGCGCCGGAGAGCGUCGCGUCCCUGCACAAGGGCGGCGCGCUCGCGCCCCCCGGAGGAAGCGCCCCGAAAACGUCCCGAGGAGCGUCGUCCUCGGCCCGAUCCACGCGCGACACCACACCCCGAGAGCGGUCGUCCUCCGCCCGCCGCGACCGCGACGACGCGCUGGAGUCGGCGUCCGCCGCGGCGCUCAGGGCCGAGGCCGCGCUCGCGAACGAAGAGGCCAACCGCCGCGCCCUCCUCGCCGCCACGUCCACGUCCCCGCGGCGUCGAAGGGCGGGCGCGUCCGGGCCCGGCGGAAUCGACACAGCUGGCGCCCAACUGCCCUCGGCGCCCGCUUGGAACCAAGCCGGGAACGACGAGAACGCCGCGCCGCCCGUCGAGCUCUCUCGCGAGAGGUCCGCGCUGCAGCAGGCGAGGGACGCGCGCAGGAAGCAGGCGCGCGCCGCCGCGAACACAAACACAGCUGGCGCCGGCGAGGGACUCGAGGCUUCGUCGGGUAGUGUUCGCCGCGUGGACUCGCUCCUCGGCCGCGGCGGGAAUCGAACCCGCGACCCCAAAUCGUCGUCGUCCUCCCGCCGCCGCCCGCGGAUCGACGGGUCGUCGUCGGAGUACGGCACGAGCGACGGGGACAUGGCUCCGGGUGGUCCCCAGACAGAGACGAACCGACGGGGGGGCGGUUUGACUCGGGGCGCCGUCGCCGAGAUUUUGUCGCGGCCGUCGCCGACGCCGACGCAGCCGGCGCCGAACGAACGCCAACCGCGAACCACCCCGCACGCCCCGGACGACGACGACGCGCGCGCGAGUACCCCGCGUUCGCCGCCUCUUUCGCCGUUUCGGUCCGUCGUCGCCGCGGGUUCGAAUCCGGCGUCGCCCCAAACGCUCCAAACGAAAACCGAUAACUCCGAGCGAAAAGGUACUUCCAAGGUGUCCGGGAGAUUGUCCGCGCCGCCGGCGCCGCUCCUCGUCCCCGGCCCCGACGCUUCCGGUCGGCUCUGGGCCAACGCCGACGCCGCCGACCGCGGGGAGACGCAGCUGGCGGAGGCGCGCUUCGAGCUGGAGCAGCUGCGUCGGCUGUUGGACGCGUCAAAGAGGGAGCGGGACUUGCUGGAGCGAAGGUUCGACGUGGAGCUCGACGCGAGGGAGGCGAGGUUCACCGCGUCGACGCGCGCCGCCGCGGACGACGCGCGCGCGCGCAUCGCCGCGCGGGAGCUUCAGCUCGCCGCCGAACGCAACGCGGAUCAGCGCGCGUACCUCCACGAGCUGCGGCUGGUGGCCGAGGAGGUGGCCGCGGCGAGGGUAGCCGACGACGCGGUGAUUGACGACGCAUCCGGCGCCAAUCCGAGGGACGAUCCGAGGGAGCUCCAGGAGGCCAGGGUCAGGGCUCGGUUGGACGCCGUUCGCGGGCGGGAGGUGCGGGCGCUCGAAGCGAGGGUGCAAUCGCUCGAGACGGAGCGCGCGGGGCUCGCCGAGGCGCUGAGAGCGGCGACGGAGGCGGCGUCCGUCGACGACCCGGCUUCCGGAAGUCUCUCCGACAAGGAGCAGCUGAACGACGUCGCCGAAAAGUCCCCUGCGGCGGCGAGCGCGAUACGCCGCGAGCGCGCCAAGUGCGCGGAGCUCGCGCAGAGGGUGAGGGUGCUGGAGGCGACGCUGGAAGGUGAGCGCGCGGGGCGCGAACGCGAGCGCGAGGAGUUCAAGGCUCGGGCGUCUCUCGGGACUCACGCGAGUGGGACUUUCUCUUUUUCCAAUCCGGGGGGGUUGGAAUCGGACCGACCGCCGCCGUCUGGAUCGAGCUCCAAGCCGCCGCCGUUCGCGUCGCCUCGAGCCGUGGCCGCGCCAUCCCCGGUCAAGGCGCCAACGAGGACCGGCUCGAGCCUGGACGACCGUUUCGACCGCUUCGAAUUCUCCGACGGAAUCGCGCCGCCAAACUCGGAAUCCGAUAUCGCGUCUGGGGAUACGUAUCGACGCAUCCUCGCCGAGCAACGCGGCGAACGAAAGAUCGUCCGGCUCGAGGCUGAGCUCGCCAAGCUCCGCACGCACAACGAGGCGCUGCGCCGGCAGAUGCGCGCCGUGCAGGCGGCGUCGUUCGAGGACGUGGCGGUUAUCCCCCCGAGCGACCCGGCGGAGGCUGACGCGACGCGCCGAGCCGAGGAAGAGGCGCACCGGCUGGGCGCCGACGGCGCCGCCGCCGACGCCGCCGCGCUCCUCAAGGCGAUCGACGCGUUGCGAGUCGCGGCAUCGCGAUCGUCGUCGAACGACGCGAACGACGGCGGUACGGACAUCGUCGCGGGCGCGCUCGCGGCGGCGGCGGACGCCGAAGCCGCCACGUGGCGUCGCGCCGCCGCCGCCGCCGUGCAGCAACGGAAGAUUGCGCGGCUACGAGGCGAGACGCGAGCCUGGCGUGCGGCGCUCGAAGACGAACGCACCGCGUCCCGCGACGCCGGCCGCGCGUGGCGAAAGAUCAAGUCGGACCUCGAGACGGCCAGGGACGAGGCGAUCGAGUCGUACCGCCGCGAGCGCGCCACCGGCGGCGUACGCGCAUCCUUGGCCGAGGAGGCGGCGGAGCUGGCGAGGGAGGAGGCGAGGGCGGCGCGGCGGGACGCGGCGGACGCCUUCGCCGCGCGCGACGCCGCGACGGGCGCGAGCGCUGGUGCGCUCCGCGAGGCGCGCGACGAGGCUGCCAAGCUCCGCCUUCGGGAGUCGCACUGGGUCGGGCUCAUCGGGUGCCACAGGGAGUCGAGCAGGGUGAGUCGGGAGCUCGCCGAGCUCGCGACGCUGCACGGGGGCGAAGCCGCCAGGCUCGCCGUGGACGCCGCGGCGGGCCCCGGCGCGGAGCUCGCGCGCCGCCGCGCCGCCGCCGAGGCCGAGGCCGAGUCCCACGUCGAGGCCAUCAAGGCGAUCGCGGACAUGAUCGAGGUUCGCGAAGCCGCCAGGGGGACGUCGAACGCGAUUGAGUUUGGCAGAGCCGUCGACAGGGCGGAGGCUGCGGAGGCGUCGCUCAACGCGACGCGCGACAGGCUCCACGUCAAGUCCGAGGAGGCGGCCGCGUUGGCGCUCAAGGCGAAACGUCACGAGCUGAGGGCGGCGGAGGAAUCGGCGGAGCGCGAGCGCGCGCAGAGGCGCGCCGAGAGCGUCGCCGCGGAGCUCGCGAGACUCUCCGACGAAACGUCUUUGAACCAACGGCGAGCCUCCGAGGAGAUGGCGCGGGCUCGGGAAGAGCUGGCGAGGCUGAGGGAGGCGUUGGACGACAGGGACGCGGCGUUGGGCGCGGGCGCCGAGCUCGUCGAGAGGGACCCGGAGCUCGCGAGGACGGUGUCGGAGGGCAAGGCGGCGCUCGACGCCGCCGUCGAAGGCUUAGCCGCGUCGGCGAUGAAGGCGCGAGCCGCAGUCGCUAAAACGGCCACCACCACGCCGACGCCCGGACGGCGCGGGUUCUUCGGGUUUGGGGGCAGCCGUGUCGAGAGCUCGCCGGCCGCGCGGGCGCCGAAGGAGGGGGAGGGAGAGAACACCCCGUCCCCCGCCGAGGCGCUCGGGGAGACGGACCCGGCUAACCCGCCCGCCUCCGUCACCAGAGGCACCAUCGCCAGCCCAGGCGCGGUGGCCGCGGCCGUGGCUGCCGCGACGCAGGCGCUCGUCUCCCCCAAGGGCGAGUCCCCCGCGAACCUCGCGACGCUCGACACCUCCCCGAUCAUCCCCGCGGGGCCGUACGGAGGAUCGUCCGUCGGCGGCGGCGGCGGCGGCGAGGGGGGCGAGUCGCCUUACGACUUUUUAAUCGCCGGCGGCUCGGCGCCCCGAACCAACCCCUUGGACGAUCUCGCCGCCGCCGCGAGCGCGUUUAAGCGCGGCGGCGUGGACGAGUCCUUCGGGAGCUCCGCGCCGACGCAGUCCACGUCCAAGCGGCGCGUCGGUACGACCGCGGAUGGCGACGACGACGAUACCCGGCACAAGAUGUCCGGCGGCUCCCCCGUGCAAUGGCUCGGCUCUCUCCUCUCGCCGUCCGCGGCGAGGCGCGCCGCCGCCAUUCCGCUGUCCGAGGCGAACACCGACGCGGACGACACCGACGCGGAAGAGGGUGCGCCGAACGACGAGCCGAGAGAGGUGGCGACGGCGGCGGCGUCUCCCUCCCCGGGGCUGUUCGGUCGGUUCCUUCGGCGAUCUCCGUCUCCGGGCAAGACUCGAAUGGAUAUUUCGCCGGGCGCUCUCGAGAACCCGCGGGUGUCGCGCAUUCGCGCCGAAUCCGGCGACGAGGGCGGCGGGAUGUCCCGCGGGACGUCCUCGGAGAACCUGAGCGUGAUGACCGGCCCAACAGACUCCCCGCCGUCCGAGAGCGCCGCGUCGUCCCUCCCGGGCGCGGAUGAGUUUCUUCACAAGGCGGAUAAGCGGCUCGAGAUCAAGGUUGAAAAGUCGUGGUUCGGGCUCGGGUCGUCGCCCUCGCCGGUGCGGAUCAAGGUUCGAACCGGGGGAACUUCCGACGAGUCGUCCGACGACGCGCGGGACCGGGACGUUGACGAAUCGUCACCCACGUCGAAGAUGACGGGCGUUACGCGGCCGUUACGAACUCCCGGGGGAUCGGCGUCGAAGAAGUGGCCGUCCCCCGCGAGCGUCGUCAAGUCGGCUUCGCGAGCGGAGAACCGAGCGGCAGCCGAGUUCAUCGCCGCCGCGGAGGAGGCGGCGAGAAGGAGCGCGUCCACCACCCCGGGUAAGGGGGGGAGAGGGGGGUCCGCCGUGCAGUCCCCGGCGCAGAGGCGGGAGGAGCGGAAGCGUCGCGCGGAGGCUGAGGCGGCGGCGCGGCGGUCGCCGUACUCGGACGCGACGGGCGGCAGCUUGACGACGGGCGGGGGUUUGCCCACCGGAAGCGACUUCUUCAACCAGGCGACGCAGGAGAAGAGCUGGAUGCAGGGGCUGGGUUCACCGAGCCCCAGCAGCAAACGAAGGGACGCGCCUUAGUGUUGCGGGGGUCUAUUCGUUCUAUGUUAUCAAUCGCGAGACAAUCGCU